UAAGCCAGGAAGGGUAUCCAGCCUGCAUGGACAGGGCAACAUUCGCCUGUUCCACUGCCUUUUUUCGUGACUACAACAGUUCAUCUCAGGGUGCAUUCUGCCUCCCCGGAGGACACGUUGACUUUAUAGAAAAAGUGGAAUCAUUCACUUACUCGGACUUUUUCCGGGAUUAUUUGAUUCCCAACCAUCCCUGUAUUUUCUCUGCUAAAUUCACUGAAGACUGGGGCAGCAGGAGAAAUUGGGUUACUUGGGAUGGAAAGCCUAACUUUGAUCAUCUGCUGCAGAACUUUGGAGAGGCUGUAGUACCUGUUGCCAACUGUGAUGUCAAGGAGUACAAUUCUAACCCAAAGGAGCAGCUCCCCUUCAAGGAGUAUAUAAAGUACUGGAAAGAGUAUAUUAAAAAUGACUACCGUUCAUCCCGAGGGUGCCUGUAUCUAAAGGACUGGCACCUGAGCAGAGCUUUCCCCGAGCAAGAUGUUUAUACAACCCCUGUGUAUUUCUCAUCCGACUGGCUGAAUGAAUACUGGGAUGCUAUAGCUGUGGAUGAUUACCGGUUUGUCUACAUGGGACCUAAAGGUUCAUGGACCCCAUUCCAUGCUGAUGUCUUCCGUUCCUAUAGCUGGUCAGCCAAUAUAUGUGGGAGAAAGAAAUGGCUGUUGUACCCCGCAGGACAGGAGGAGUAUCUGAAAGACCGCCAUGGCAACUUGCCCUUUGAUGUGACUGCACCUAGUCUUCAGGACAGGAGUGUUUACCCUCGCUACGACCAAAGUCAACCCCCUGUUGAAAUUGUGCAGGAAGCAGGGGAGAUAGUCUUCAUCCCCAGUGGAUGGCAUCAUCAAGUUUACAAUCUGGAGGAUACCAUUUCCAUUAACCACAACUGGGUGAAUGGCUGCAAUGUGGCUAUAAUGUGGUGCUUCCUGCAGGAUGAAUUAGCAGCUGUCCAGCGGGAAAUCAAUGAAUGGAAGGACCCUAUGGAUGAUUGGCACCUACAAUGCCAGUUGAUCAUGAAGUCUUGCACAGGUAUAGACUACAAGGAGUUCUACAACUUCCUCAAAAUUAUUGCAGAGAACAGGAUUUCUGUCUUGGAAAAGGGCCUCGAUGACGAAGCUUCGGCAAAGAACACUCCAAAAGCUGCCAUUUCCACUUUGGGCAUGCUCCAUGCAGUGUUUGAUUUAAAGAGGACUGUGAAGGUGUUAACAUCAUUGAGUGCUAAUGAAGAUUUCAAGAAACUAGACCUGACGUCACUUUCUCCACCUCCGGAGGCAUUACUCCACCACUUGAAAGCAGCAAUAGAUACAGCGCUACUCUAACUUCCUAU